AUGAAUCGGGUUGAAUUUAUCACACCGUGGGUUCAAAUGAGAGCUCAGGUGGAACAUAUUCAUAAAUGGAAACAUAUCGCUGUAACUCCCAAACCAUUUGCACCACGCCACUCGAUUACGUUUUUUAAUAAUAAAAAGCAAGAGAAGAAAGUAACCGAGACAGUUUCGGCAUACGAUCGAUUGCACAAAUACGAAGAUUUCGAUCCUCGAAAGCCACGAGCCGAAUGUAUAAGUCCUUCUUUGAUUUGGUCAGAGAUUUACGAAGAGAACAAACAUCAUAUCGUCCCGAUGAUCACUAGUCAUUGGUACGGUCGUCCAAAUCGUGAACAGAUCGAUUAUCCCGAUAAGUCUUUGUGUCAUGCCUCGCAAAUACGUGAAUUCUAUCGGCGUAAUGAUCUCAACUUGGUCGCUGAUGAGAUCAGAGAGUUUCAAAUGUGUUAUAAUUGA